GGUUUGUUCUCUUUCAGCUCAGUGGCAUUAACCAGUGUGGAGGAACAGCAGUCCUUCACCAGUUUCUGCUUCUUCACUUAUCAAUACAGCUAAUACCAUCAUUACAAUAAAUAUCCAUCAAGAUCUGACUGUAGGUAUCAGGAAGUCUUGAGGCUUUAACUCAGUCUGUGUCUUUAACCGUCUGUCAUUAUUCAGUCAGUAUGGAGCUCAGUCAACUUCCUCUUGUGCUCUUGCUGAUUUCAAACAUCCACUCUGGACACACUGAAGAAAGACCAAAAGCCAAAGUGUCCAUUAAACCUGAUCAACAUGGAGGAGACUCAGUCACUCUCAGAUGUGACAUAUAUGCUGAUGGAGUCACUAGCUGGAGGUACUACUGGUUUAAAGGAGGUUCAUUCAUGGUUUCCACUGAACUACAGGAACACACAUUCAGGCCUGUUUCUGAGUCUGAUGCUGGUAAAUACUUCUGUUAUGGAUCAGAGAAAGGAGGAUCACGCAGAUCACACCGCAGUGAUGAAGUUACACUGACAGUAUCAGAUCCCAGAGCAGUUUUAAGUGUUUCUCCUCAGAAGUGGUUGACUGAAGGAGAUCCAGUGACUCUGAUCUGUGAGGUUAAAGGCUCCUCUACAGGCUGGACAUUCAGCUGGUUCACUGUAACUAAAGUCUCAUCAGACUUCAGAGAUCGUUAUAAGCUGCUCUCAGACAGCAGCAGAGGAUCUGGAGGAAAAUACACUGUCAGUUCUGCUACUGUAAAUCACACUGGAGUUUAUGUGUGUGGAGCAAAGAGAGAAAAAACAGCCUAUAAAACAAAAUACAGCAACAAACAACCACUGUGGGUCACUGGUGUUUCUCCUCGAGUGUCUCUGAUCAUCAGUCCCAGCAGAUCACAACACUUCACAUCUGACUCUCUCUUUCUGAGCUGUGAGGACCAGAGUAACUCUGAUGGAUGGACAGUCAGAAGAUACAGAGACAGUCGGGGGCUGGAAGAUUGUUCAUCAUUACGCCGGGGAUCACAAACAGGAUCUACAUGUACAAUCAGAUCCACCAGUAUAUCACACACUGGAGUGUACUGGUGUCAGUCUGAAUCUGGAGAGAAAUCUCAUCCUGUUAAUAUCACUGUACACUCUGAUGUGAUUCUGGAGAGUCCUGUUCAUCCUGUGACUGAAGGAGAUAAUCUGACUCUACACUGUUUAAAUAAGUUUUCAACCCCAUCAAUCCUCAGAGCUGAUUUCUAUAAAGAUGAAUCACUCAUCCAGAGUCAAACUACAGAGAUGAUCAUCUCUACUGUCUCAAAGUCACAUGAGGGUUUCUACUACUGCAAACACCCAGAGAGAGGAGAGUCGCUCAAGAGCUGGAUCUCAGUCAGAGUUGGUGUGAUUCUGGAGAGUCCUGUUCAUCCUGUGACUGAAAGGAGAACUCUGACUCUACACUGUUUAGAUCAGUUUUCAACCCCAUCAAUCCUCAGAGCUGAUUUCUAUAAAGAUGAAUCACUCAUCCAGAGUCAAACUACAGAGAUGAUCAUCUCUACUGUCUCAAAGUCACAUGAGGGUUUCUACUACUGCAAACACCCAGAGAAGAAGAGAGAGUCACCCAAGAGCUGGAUCUCAGUCAGAGCCUCAAGAUCUGAUGGUCUCAAACAAGCUGUGAUAAUUGGAGUGACUGCAGGACUGACUGUUGUAUUUUUGAUCAUUGUCUUCUUUGUCCUGCUGUGGCACUACAGAAACAACAAAGGUGGAAGAUCUGAGUCUCCCUCUGCUGUCGGUCAACAGCAGAACAUCAAUCAGAAAUCAGAGCAGAACCAGAGUGAAGCCGGAUACAAGACACUGCUGUCUGGAACUGCACAUGUUUAUGACACAGUUGAUGUAACUAAUAAUAAAGACAGAAGCACAGACGCUGUAAGUGGACCGACUGAGAUCACAUAUGCUGAGAUUGAAAUGAAAUCUACAAACAAACAGAAGAAAAAGAAAGAAAAGAAAGUCAAAAACACUGAGAGUUGUGACGGCCUGUACUCUGAACUGAAGCUGGAAACAGAUCAAGGUGCUGGAUCUAGUGGUGUGACGUAUGCUGAGGUUAAAAAAACAUACCCAGAGUAGAAACUUCAAUCCCAGGAUACUGAUGAGUUUACAGCAGGUUGAGAAGUGAAUGACCAGGAUCAUCAAGGCAAUAGAUUUACCAGAACUUACUGUAAUAUUAGCAAUCCUAAAUGUGCUUCAGAGACAGUGCUGGUUAAUGUUU